UGUUUAUUUUAAUAAUGCUUAUUUAAUCAAAAAAAUGUCAUCCAUAAAAUCUACCAAUUAGAGCAUAUAAAGAAUAAAUUUUAUAUGGAAUUGAUACAAAUAGUACAUUGAUCAUUUUAGCAGAAACAGGUUCAGGGAAAACGACAUGUAUAUAAUAAUUAAAUAAAAUAUAGAGAUACCAUAAUAUUUGAUAGAAGCAGGAUAUGGUGGAGAAGAGAGAGUAUUAGUAUCAUUACCAAGAAAGAUGGCAGCUAUUAGUAUAGCUUAAAGAGUAUCUGAUGAAAAUGGAACAGAAUUAGGUUAAGACAUUGGAUAUAGAGUCAGAUUUGAAUCUAAAGUAAGUGAAAAUACAAAAAUUGAAUAUGUCACUGAUGGAACAUUAAUUUAAAUUAUUAUGGGAAAUCCAUUAAUUGAAGGAUAUUCUAUUGUAAUGUUAGAUGAUAUUCAUGAAAGAACUUUAAAUACAGAUCUUUUAUUAUGUUUAAUUAAGAAAAUUCAAAAGAAAAGACCUUAAUUAAAAAUCAUUGUUUCAUCUGCUACUAUGGAAGUUCAGUUAUUGUCAAACUUUUUUACAAAUAGUAAAAUUAUUGCCAUAAGAGGUAGAAAUUAUGAAGUUGAUGUAAUUUAAUAUAUAUAUAUUAGAUCAUGUAUUUACUUGAACCUUGUAAGAAUUAUGUUAUUGCUGCUGUUGAAUUGGCAUAUCAUAUACACAAAAAAAUGCCUGAAGGAGAUAUCCUUGUAUUUUUAACAUCUGUUGAAGAAAUACUUGCUUUUAUUCAUUUGUGGUCACAUCAUAAGACUAAUUGUAUUGUAUUACCAUUACAUGCUAAUUUGGGAAUUGAUAAAUAAUUAUUAGUUUUUAAACAACAUUCAAAUAGAAAAAUUGUAGUAUCAACCAAUGUUGCAGAAAGUAGUGUUACUAUUGAUGGAAUUGUUUAUGUUAUAGAUUCAUGUUAUCAAAAAGUUAAAGUUUAUGAUUAUAAGAGAAGUAUUUUUAAAUAAAUAAUCAUUUAGAUUUGGAUCAAUUAAAUGUUUUACCUAUCUCUUAAUAAUCUGCAGCUUAAAGAGCAGGAAGAGCUGGCAGAACUAAAGAUGGAAUUUGUUAUCGAUUAUGCACUAAAGAAGAUUAUUUAAAAUUACCUAUAACAUUCCCUCCUGAAAUAUUGAGAUCUAAUCUUACAGAACUCAUUUUAUAAAUUAGAGUAUAUAAUCACUCGUAUUUAUUUAUAGUCAUUCUCACUAACACCAAAUCAUCUUUAAUGUAGUAAUACAUUCUUAACUCCAGUCUCAAAUGAAUAAUUGAUACAUUCCAUUAAUACUUUAAUGAGCUUAAAAUUAAUUGAUGAAAACUUUUCAUUAACUGAAUUGGGAAAUGCUAUUGUUGAUUAUCCAUUAGAAACAUAAUUGGCUGUCUGUGUUGAAAAUAGUUUUCUCGAUGAAUACUAAUGCUCAGAUGAAAUGCUCAAAAUUGCUAGUAUUCUCAGUAUACAAGGAGGAAUAUUUAGUAGUGAUGCUACACCAUUAUAAAUGUUAAAAGCUAAAAAAGCCUUGGGAUGUAAAGAAGGAGAUGUAUUAUCUCUACAUAAUAUAUUUGUUCGAUAUAUGAAUAUUGGAAAUAAAGGAAAUUGGUGUGAUACAUAUAGAGUAUCGAAACAUAAAUUAGAAUCAGCUGGAAAAAUUUACAAAUAAAUUUAAAAGAGAAGAAAGAAUAGACAAAUUAAAAGUUCAAUUUAAGAUGUUGAAGCUGUUUAAAGAUGCUUUGUUUCUGGCUUUUUUUCUUAAGUAGCUCAAAGAGAAAAUACAGCUAGGGAAGGUGUUUACAGGAAUAUAUACACAAAGCAACUGGUUCAUCUACAUCCUGCAUCUGUUUUAACUGUUUCCUAUCCUGAAUGGGUUAUCUAUCAUGAAUUGAUUGAAUAAAGUAAAGCAUUCCUAAACUAAUUAUAGAUCAUAAAUUAACAAUGCAUAAUGUAACAGAACUUGAUCCACAUUGGUUGUUUGAAAUUGCUCCUCAUUUUUAUAAGGAUGCAAGAUAAGAAAUUGCUGAAUUGAAACAUCAAUAAGAAAAGGAGAAGUUAGAUAAAGUAGAUGCUGAUAAACAAUAAAAACAAUAAGAAUUAUUGAUGAUUCAAGAAAGCAAAGUUAUAUUUGGGAGUAUAAAAUCGAAGAAACCUGGUUUUAAGGGAUUUGGUUAAACUUAAUUUCCUCUUAAAAGCAAAGAAUAGAGACUUGGUUCAUUGUCAUUUAAUGAUGACGAGGAUUUAUGA